GCGGACACGCAGCGCAGCCCGCCGGACCGGAAUUCCCGCACCCUCCUUGGAGCCCGCCGCGCCGCGGAGCCGUCAGGCCGAAAUUUGGCAGAAACUUAACGUUGGGAAACAACUCUGAGUGUGUCUUGCAGGUAAGAUGUCUGUUCAUUCUCACCCCGCUGUUACAGGAAUAAUAGGAGGAUUUCUCUCUGAAUAGGAGGAGGUGUACACAUGACCAAAUGCAGAUCUCUCAGCUUGCAAUUUUUCUUUUAAAUCUAUUCCCUGGAGAAGAUUUGGGUUGUAAGAUUUUAAACAAUUCAGCUUUAAAAGCAUUGCAGUUUUUCAGAAUGCUUUUUCAUAAAACUCAUCUACCCCUCAGCUGGUACUUUUAGGUAUUGCCUUAAAAUUUUUGUCAUUGAGAUUGUCUCAAAUAUAAUUUUUUUUUUUAAAUAAAACUGAUUAGUUUCUGUGUGCAUCUGUUUUAUCUCUUCUGCUGUGUUCUAGAUCCCUUAAGAUCAAGAGUUAUGACUCCUUGCCUGGAAUGAGCAGUCUGCAUUAUAGAGCUGAGUAUACCACCCGCAGACGUGGCUCUCUUUCCUUUUCCCAUGUAGUCCUUUAUGUUUUUAUAAUAGGAAAAAAAAAAAGGUUUCACUGUCUCCCAGCUGCUUCAUUAUCAUCCAGACAUUUCCUUUAGUCUAAUAGGAACUAGUCAGCCUGACAUACUUGUGGCUCAUUCGUUUUUCAAAUUAUCAAUGGUCUGUUUUAAAUCCUAGACAGUUUUCUCUGACCUAGAGCAGAUUUUUGCAGUCUCUUCUUCCACAGAACCAAGCCGACUUGAGCUCUAGAAAUGUAAAUUAUUUUUAAUGCUCUCCAAAGUAAAAUAAAAUUGAGGAUAGUUUUCUACAGAAACAUCAUAUCAUGGGGCCUGAAAAAUGUUUAGCAAUAUCUGCUGUUUCACUGGCACAGUAUGUAUAGUUUCAGAGGAUCUUUAAAACAGGGAAUUAUUGGGGGCUGGCCUGGUGGCCUAGUGGUUAAAUUCACGUGCUCUGCUUCGGCGACCCAGGGUUUGCGAGUUCAGACCCCAGGCGCGGACCUGACGCACUGCUCAUCAAGCCAUGCUGUGGUGGCAUCCCACAUACAAAAAAUAGAGGAGGAUGGGCAUGGAUGUUAGCUUGGGGCCAAUCUUCUUCAACAACAACAACAAAAAACCAGGAAAUUAGUUAGCAAUCAUUCUUGUUAUUAUAGAUCACAGCCAUCUUAUAAGGAAACCAAUGGUAUUCUGUUUUAGGGGCAAAUCACAGUUAAAUGGCAGAGGUCCCUCUAUUUGAACAUGGAGAGAGGUGUGUUGAUUCAUUUUCAUGUUGGUGAAAUGAAUUUCCUCCUGGUUAAUAUCAGAACUGAGACAGAAAGUGGAAGGCCAAGCCAGAAGGAGCCUCUGCUCACUUGUAACUCUGCAUUUCUCCUCUAGGAAGAGGUGCCCAGACAAGAGAUUUUUGUUAUAUGACUUCGCAAAAAAUAGUGAAAUGUCAGGUUCCUCACCAUUUAAGAUGCGAUUAGUUCAUCUGGACCUUAAAGGAGCUCCGCCAAAGGUCUCGUACCUCUCAGAGAUUUUUCCUCUGUUCCACACCCUGGGUGCAAACGGCCUCCUCAUCGAGUAUGAAGACAUGUUUCCCUAUGAGGGCCACCUGAGGCUGCUGAGGGCUAAGCAUGCAUACAGCCCCUUUGAAAUCAAAGAGAUCCUGCAUCUGGCCACACUGAACAACCUGGAGGUCAUUCCCUUGGUGCAGACAUUUGGACACUUGGAGUUUGUGCUGAAGCACGAGGCUCUUGCUCACCUCCGGGAAGUGGCACUUUUCCCCAACACUCUGAACCCCCACAAAGUGGAGUCCUUGGCACUGGUGGGAGCCAUGAUCGACCAGGUCAUGGAGCUGCACCCGGGGGCCCGGUGGCUCCACGUUGGCUGUGACGAGGUCUAUUACCUUGGAGACGGUGAGGCCUCAAGACAGUGGCUGCAGCAUGAGCAGAAUACCAAAGCAAAACUGUGUCUGUCUCACAUGAAGGUGGUGGCCAGCCACGUGCAGACCCGGCACCCCGCCACCACGCCCCUGGUAUGGGAUGACAUGCUGCGGGACAUCCCCGAGGACCAGCUCUCAGCAUCGGGGGUGCCGCAGCUGGUGGAGCCCGUGCUCUGGGACUACAGUGCCGACCUGGACGUCCAUGGCAAGGCCCUUCUCAUGGAAAAGUACCAGAAGUGUGGUUUUCCCCGGCUGUGGGCUGCCAGUGCCUUCAAGGGGGCCACGGGCGCAAGCCAGGCCCUGACCCCCAUCGAGCACCACCUCAGAAACCACCUGCAGUGGCUGCAGGUAGCCGGCAGCGGGCCAGCAAACACGCUGCAGGGCAUCAUCCUGACGGGCUGGCAAAGGUACGACCACUUCUCUGUGCUGUGUGAGCUGCUGCCCGUGGGCAUCCCGUCCCUGGCCAUCUGUCUGCAGUCACUCCUACACGGAGGCUUUGCCGAAGAUGUUAAAGCAAGAGUGGAGAACUUCCUCGGGAUCUCCAGCCUGGAAAUAACUGAUUUUAUGAGGGAGGCCGGCUCCUUCCCCGGCAGCAACAUCCUGGCCCUCAUCACGCAAGUCAGCCUCCACCUGCGCAGCUCCGUGGAUGCGCUGCUAGAGAGGGACAGGUAUGUGACUGGCUGGUUCAGCCCCUUCCAUCGCAGGCGGAAGCUCAUCCACCCAGUCAUGAUCCAGCACAUCCAGCCCCAGGCCCUCAGUCUCCUGGCCAGGUGGAGCACCCUCGUGCAGGAGCUGGAGGCUGCCCUGCAGCGCAUCUACUAUCCAGACGCUGUGGACGAGUGGCUGGAGGAGAACGUGUACCCCAGCUUGCAGCGGCUGCAGGGUCUGCUGCAGGACCUCGGCAAGGCGGCUGGCCCCCAAACCCCACUGGCCAGCCCCGGCCUGGACACCAGCCAGGACCCCUGAGGGGUGGGGACUGAGCGUAGGCUUCCCCACACCCUCCUCUAGCUGCAUCCAGCCUGACGCUCUCCUCCUGCCGAGCCCAGGUCGGUGAGCAAGCAGGCGGUGCCCAGGGUGUGGACAGUUAUUGUUGGGGAAAGAAAAGAGGGAAUGCAGAGGAAAAGGCCCCUGGGACUGGGUGACGACCUGCAUGUGAAACUUGAAUUCUGCUGAAAUAAAAGGAGAGCAGGAGCUAGCAAUCACGCUGACAUUUUGAAACGGACUCCAUUACUCCCUGGCUCCUGGUGCUGCAGUGAGGCUCUCACAGUGGUCCUGAGACCCUCCUCGCCCUGGCAGCCCCAGCAAAGGGUCCAGAAACAACUUACCCCUGGGGGAGGGGAGCUGGCCACCCAAACCCCCUCCCCCUCAUCUCAGAGCAUCCUGUAGCCUGCAGGAUGAGCAUUCCAGAAACCAAUUAUAGUGUUGCAUACUUUUUAUUUUAGAAAAAAAGCAUUUCAGAUGUAACCAUUUAAAAACCUAACUUUGACACGUUUAAAUGACUAUGUCCCCAAAUUAAGGGCUGGUUGGGAGCCAGUGCUGAGAAGGGAGAGGAUCUCAUUUUUCUCGAGUGCCCUAGAAAUGCUGUCCUUACUCUCACCCAGGUGGCCUCAGACCCCCAGGUCUGGGUGACACCACUGUGUUCCAGUUGUACCAGGCAGUUCCCAGGUACACAGCCUCCUGAGCCCCCUCUCAGAGGUGCUCUGGGCACACACUACACCUUGGAGGAACCUGGGUUCAAAGAAAGCCAUCUCCCUCAGGAGCAAACCAGCAGGUCAGGUGUGGGUCAGCUCGCUGGUGCCUAGCUUCCACUGGGGUGGCUGCAGCUGCCAGGGCCUGGCCCAUUCCUGCUGCACACAAACAGGCCCAGCUACCAGGUCUUCCCAGAGUUCAAGAAAAGCUGGGAAUCAGAUUUCUAAGGAGAGAUCCUGUCUUUUUUUUUUUUUUUUUUUGGUGAGGAAGAUUGGCCCUAA